ACUCACGUCACUGGCAGACGGCCUUACCUGAACAGCGUAGUGGAGCUCCAAACAACCAGUCUGAUUGAUCAUUUUCUCUACUGGAUCCUCUUCAUCGUCUGGAUCAGGCCUGGAUCUUACAUGGGGCUGAGGUGAUGGCACUGCCUGAUCUGGAGUACUAGACGUCUCAUUUGUCAUUUUCAAUAUAUAGAGAGUGUUAGUAGUUUGUGCAUGCGUAGCCGUAGACAGUUGCAUGUUUAGUUAUCUAGUUAAUAAGCAGCGUACGUAGCGUCGCGUCGCUACCGGCACGGUAGUCUCUUGAUCAGCCACGCCGCACCGCGAAUGGCUGCCUUGGCGGGGUACAGCUCAGGAUUAUGCUCUAUUUCCAUCCAGUAACGAGCUUCUUAAUGGCAGAGGAAAAGAAGAGUGGUGUGACUAGUAAUCUGAAAGCCAAGAUUGUGAUUCAACAAUGUCUGUCUGCAACACUACAAGUCAAACCUCAAUCUGAUGGUGUAGAGGCUGAAUAUGUAGAGAUUGAUCGAGGAGUAGUUCUCUAUGUGUGUUUCUUGAAGGGAGCAGAUGAAGAAACAGUAGAAAAGAUGGCUAAGUUUGCCCUCAACAUUCGGUUGAGCGAAGCACUCACUGGCUCCAAGUUGGUGUCCAUCUUAGACCUGCCCGGAGACAUCCUCGUUGUUCCCCAGGCAACACUUGGUGGCAAGGCUAAAGGGAAGAUGAUGCAAUACCAUUCCAACAUCUCAAAGGACACUGGGAGAGAACUCUAUCAAAAGUUUGUUGAUCUCUGUGAAGCUGAUAUAGCACGCAAUGCAAGGACUUCAGAAGCAAAUUGUAAGGUCAGGGGCGGGACCUAUGGAAAUAGGCAAGUGUUAUCUCUUCAGACUAAUGGACCAUUUACACAUACUAUGGAGUUUUGAUGCCUUUCCAUGAUUUGAUGGUCUUCAAAAUAUGGUCAGAAGCAGGACCUCGGGUAGUGAGCAAAUGCUGCCUUUGUUACCGAUGGACCCUUACACAUAGUCACAUACCAUGAAGUAUUAUUGCCAACCAGUGACUUGAUGACUUUGUUUCAAUAUAAGUUAAAUUUGGAAUACAUGGACGUUUUACAUUCCUACUAUCAACAUAUAUUUUGGAAAUAUUUCAUUUGAAAAUUGUUCUAUGUAUAAAUGCCAUGAAUAAAGUGCCAGUAGUUUUGCAGUUCACAUUUCAGUUGUAAAGAGUAAUAUACAAGACAAUAUGAAACAUUCCUCUGAUAUAGAAAGACCUGUUGAAUCCAGCUUCAAUGUACCUCGUUAUAGCAGUAAAUCUUGAUAGAUUGGAUCUGAUUAAUAAAAUAAAAUCAAGAACUAAAAUUAGAAAUGUGUAGCUUGUUAUACAGGAGUGCUGAUUUAUGAAAUCUCUUUACCAUAACAUUAAUGUACCUUUGUAUUGUAGGUUAAUAUAAAACCAAGGGUCUGUUGAAACAAAAGUAAAAUUUUGUUUUCUUCUUGAAUCAUGGAACAUUAUUCAGCAUAUUAGACGGCUGAAGUAUUUCAAUCAAAUUCAAAACAUGAACUUGCUGAAAGUAUAUUCCGCAACAUUUCAACAGGGUAUAUUCAUUUUCAUCAGAUGGUAGAAGGAGUCCGAGCCAGGUUUUAGAGAAGUCUGCAAGGCCCAAGAUGUCCCUCUAUUGUCUACCCAAGUGAAAGAUCACAUGACACCCAACUCUUUGCCACAUACUCGCUCUACAACCUUUUAAUAUUGGGAGAGGUGUCCUUGUCUGAAUUUUGUGGAAUAUAUUUUUGAUAAGUCCAAAUGUAGAUUUGUAAUUCUCAAACUGUUUGCAGUCAAAGCAAAUGAAUGAUAAUAUCACCAUACAGUUCUAUAGAAAAUAUAUAUAUUUUUCAUCAUAUUGAUAUUGUCAUAAAAGAGAAUAUUACCAGCCAAUAAAUUGCUUCUCAACUCA